AUUCUAAAUUAUCUUUAGUAUAUUACCAAACAAUAUUUAGCAAAAUUGUUUAUUGGUCGCAACGAACCUGGUCAUAAAAUCGACCAAAACUCAUCAUUCCCCUCCCGCACUGUUCCAUAAACUCUACCGUCCUGCUGCCAUGUUGGAUUGAAGGAUCGUUAUUGCUUUUGGAGUUCGGGAUGAAAGUUUAUAUUAUGCCGUGUGUUAAAAGUGGACGCGUUAAAGAAUAAAUAAUUAACGGGAUUGGACGAGUCGCGUCUGCGCCGCUGUGAGAAAUACGCUACGUCGGAACUACUUGUAUGCGGAAUUCCUAACGGGAUGCACGAAGCGCAGGCCAUGUUGAUCUGUGGCUGCACACAUUUCACAUAAAAUUAUCUGACACGAGAUAAACGCUUGAUUUAAUCCGCAUCCUGUACCGUCAACAUGAGCGGCCACCCGCCCCAGAGGAGGGUGGCAAAUGUCGGCUCCCUGCUUUUGACCCCGCAGGAGAACGAAUGUCUCUUCAACUACCUGGGCAGGAAAUGCAUCACAAUGUGCUCAGCAGUGGUCCAGGUGUACGGAGCAGACAGAAGUUCAUCUUGGGUGAAGAGGUGCUGCGGCGUGGCGUGUUUGGUGAAAGAUAACCCACAGAGGUCUUAUUUUAUCCGCGUAUUUGAUAUCAAGGAUGGGAAGACUAGGUUUGAGCAGGAGCUCUAUAAUAACUUUGCGAUUAAUAACUCGAGAUCAUACUUCAUUACCUUUGCAGGAGACUCUUGUCAGAUGGGCCUCAACUUUGCCAGUGAAGAGGAAGCCAAGCGAUUUCGGAGCGCACUCAACGAACUGCUCAACAGACGACAGAGGAAAACUGAGAAAAGGCGUGACCCACUGAAUGGACCCGCUUUACCGAUGGCGACGGUGGACAUCAAGAAUCCGGAGAUAAACAACAUGCGCUUCCACAACAAUUCCCACAUGAAUAAUAUGGUGCACAGUGGCCUUAACAAGAAGGAAAAGAAGGUCAAAGGGAAGAGGAAGAAACUGACAAAGGCUGACAUUGGGACACCGAGCAACUUUCAGCACAUCGGUCAUGUAGGCUGGGAUCCGAACACAGGCUUCGAUUUGAAUAACUUGGACCCCGAACUGAAGAACCUGUUUGAUAUGUGUGGCAUCUCAGAGGCACAACUCAAAGACAAAGAGACGUCUAAGGUCAUCUAUGACUUCAUUGAGAAGAAAGGAGGUGUAGAGGCCGUAAAGAACGAGCUGAGGAGACAAGAGCCUCCAAGAUGGUGUGCACCACCACCUCCGCCGUCCCGGGGUGGUCCACCUCCACCACCCCCUCCUCACACUCCUGGACCCCCACCUCCACCACUCCCAAUCCGAGGUGGACGAGGAGCCCCACCACCCCCUCCGCCUUCAAGGGCACCCACAUCCGCUCCUCCUCCACCUCCUCCUUCCCGGCCGAGCAUCGGAGCACCUCCACCACCACCACCCAGCAGAGGCCAUCCACCUCCCCCUCCGCCCGCUCCUGCCUCCAUGCCGCCGCCUCCACCACCGCCACCUUCCUCCGGAGGAGGCGCCCCUCCUCCACCUCCUCCACCACCACCUGGACCCCCACCACCUCCUGAAAUCGACAGUGAUCCAGUGCCCUCACCUAUGGGUGGCAAGUCGGCUCUUCUCGACCAGAUCAGAGAGGGCACUCAGCUUAAAAAGGUGGAGCAAAACAACAGGCCAGUGUCGUCAACAGGACGCGACGCACUGCUCGACCAGAUCCGAAAGGGCAUCCCGCUCAAAACGGUAUCAGAUAAUGACUCAGGACCACCCACCCCUGCACAGUCAGCGGGGAUUGUCGGAGCUCUGAUGGAGGUCAUGCAAAAGAGGAGCAAAGCCAUCCACUCCUCAGAUGAAGAUGAGGACGAUGAUGAAGAUGAAGACUUUGAGGAUGAUGAUGAAUGGGAUGAUUAAUCCACCUGACACUAAACCCACCCGACAGAGUCAAUAAUACCACAUUCUGAAACGUCCCCAGAUUUUACUCAAAUUCUGUGUUUUUCUGUUUGUUUUUUCAAAUCGCUGUAUAUUUUUGUUGCCUUUUGCUUUUUUUUAAUAAUCUGUGCAAUACCUCAUGUAAUCUGUAAAGUUUUUGUCAUUUAUCCUCUGUAAAAUAAUCUCCUGGUAUAACCAUGUGAAGUUUAAUGCCAGGGUUCACGAUUCCGUUGACCUGAAUGUUUGCGUUUCCCUCCGAGCGGGAAAAGGGAGAUGGACGGGACACUCGAUGUCCCCGUUUAUUGUGGAUUAAUGAUUUAGAUAACACUAUUUUCAUACCCUACUUUUCUGUACUUUCGAUUUUCUUAUUCAAAUCCUAGUUUAGCAUUUUUAGAUUUGGUAAGAGGUUCUCCUAUCAGAUUAUGUAUGUCCCCUGUAUUGUUUCCCUUGUAAAUGUACACCAGGCUGAUAUAUUGAGGCUAUAUAUAUUUUUGCACGAAUAACAAAAGGAAAUUCACUGCAGGAGGAAAACACAUCGGCUGAACACUUUAAAUAAGAUUUCACGGUCCGUUAAAACCAAGUUCACACUACAUCAUACCUCAGUUUUCACUUUAUUAACGAGAAAAUUCAAUACUGCAGAUGCUGAUACCUGAACGCCAUCAUUUCAUGAGUAUAAGAUUUCAUAUCGAGAGAAAUGAAAAAAUAUAGCACUUCAUCAAACAAGAUUCAACUUUCAUACUAUAGAAGCUUUCAAAGACCGACGCUUGACUGACAACUACAUUUCAAGUAAUGAUAACAACCUUUGUGUAAAAUUAAUGCUGGUUUAACAGUAUUUUGUCUGUCUCAAUUGAAAGUGCUGUCCUGUAAGGGUAGCGCUGCAAAAAUUGUAAAAUUGACAUCAAAUCUUACCAAGUGGGUUGGAAUG